CAUCAUUUGCCGCCAACCACUGACUUUAUUCUCGACACAAACAUCCUCACGCGACACUUUCACAAAGCGAAUCACCUCCCACAUAUACCUCUCAAACAGUCCGCGGCAAUCGAGCGACCGAACUCAACUACUCACACCACACCUACAACCCCCACCAUCAGCACAAUGUCGGACUGGGAGACCACCACCAAGAUUGGCAGCAAGGUCCGCGGACCAGGCACCGCCCAGCGCGAGACCACCAUCAAGGGCAAGAGCGCACUCAACGCUGCUCAGCGCAGCGGCGCCAUCCUAGCCACAGAGAAGAAGUACUCCACCGCAAACGCCUCUGGCAACCCCGAAGGACAACGCCUCACCAAAGUCGACCGCGCCGAUGGCCCUGUCGCCACGAAGAAAGUCCCCGACGAUGUCGCCAAAGCUCUUCAGCAAGCCCGCACUCAGCUCAAAAACCAAAAGGGUGCGACCAUGACCCAAAAGGAUCUCGCCAGCAAAGCCAAUGUCGACGUGGCAGUUGUCGCCGCUUUGGAACGUGUAGGGGCCGACUUCCCUGCCAUGGACGCCGUGUUGAAGAUUCAGAAAGCUGCCAACGUGCGGUUGACGGGGAAUAACAUUGGCCAGCCAAUGCUGGGGCCGAAGAAGAAGUAGAGGGCGUUUCCUCGCGAAAGGAGAACGAGUACAGAUACGAGGGUUCUUUGGAUGCUUUGGGUCAUGCUCUGCGGGUCUGAGACGAGACUGCUCCUCUGCUGUGCUGCUCGAAUGAGAGCAAUGGCCACGAAACAUAGUCAAAAUGUUACGUGGCAUGAUGAAUUAGCGAUGAGCGAUCCGGAAUGGCGAAUCAAUAAACGCCAUAUGGCUAUGCUGUUAUGAAAUACAUUGUACGAUUCAGUCUCGCGUCUUUCGUUUGCACCUGCCACUCGAAAUGUGAGAGUUCUGGCUGUAGUGGUCGGCAUGUGCCGAAUGAGACCUGUCAUAACUUCAUUAGCCAGCAUAGCUCGUCUGAACUACCACCGCGACAACAGAAAUAGAACUAGGAGAAGGCGCAAUGCAUGUUCAAAACAUA